GUGUCUUUGGAAUACUUGCACGAGAUCUAGUAGCACGAAAUGGUCGCGAUGACGACUAUAUUAUUCUAAUAGACAACAACGGAUGUCCUACCGACCCAAGCAUUUUUCCAAGUCUAGAAAAAGUCCCAGAAACAAAAGCUUUGCAAGGGAAGUUUGACGCCUUUAAAUUUUCCGAUGAUGUUGUUGUCCGGUUUCAAGUAAACGUCCAGUUUUGCCUUCAAGAAUGUGACCCCGUUUCCUGCGGUGAUUCGAGCUCCUACGGACGCAGAAGGCGUCGCAGGACGGAAGAGUCCCCCUUUCCAAUAUUACCCGACUACCCGUUGCAGAGAGAGAUUAUUGUUGAAGGAAUAUCCGUCACAAGAAUAAAAGAUGAUGACGUCACAAAGGACACGGGAAACAACGGAGAGAACGAAAUUUGUACGAGCAAGACAGUUGUGGCUGCUGCUGUUAUUUCUGCUGUGUUGGUACAACUGUGCAUCAUCAUUGCUUGUAUAACUUGUCUCGUGCUGAACCGGAGGUCACAUGACAGAGAUGACGUCUCAACUACCACUAGUCACAUGACUCCGUUCGGCUCUCGUGGAAUACUUCAGUCUCUCCGAAGACUCGAAUAAGGCUAUUUCAUUUCAUGUACAGAAAAACUUUUCACUGAACAGCUUUUUUUUUUGUUGUUGUUGUUGUUGUGCGCGCGUGUGUGGUGUAUCUUACUUCUCGAGAAUUUGGUGGUGUUCACAAAGAUUUAUUUCGUUCGGAAAAUUCACCGUUGGAACAACCGACGUGAUAAACAUCUUGGAACUACAUACUUAUCCUGAACCGAGCAAAAUCUUUAGGUACAAAUGUUCCUUAUUAACAAACAGAAGAAAAACUAAAUCAGUAAUACCCAAUAUUGUUACAGAAUAAAAAAAAAGAGUAAUGGCUGUGCAUCUUACAAAUCAAGUACACAGCUUUAUUCAUUCUCUAGCAGUAAAAAACUAAUUUUACGAGUUUCUAUCAAUAACAACGCUAUGUGAAACACGUUUAUUCGAAGGGCAUUUUUAUUGUGGUAUUUCUGAAAUUUGUAACGGUCUUAGUCUGUAUAAUGUGAAUCUUAAGGGAAAACAAGAGUUGGAAGAAUGGGAAUAACAAUUAAAAAAUCAUGCA